AUGAGUUCACGAACAAAGCGCAAAAACCUGCAAAAGCGUCGAAAACGGCGACUAUUUGCUAUGAUUGCAGCGGAAAUACAAGCGAGUGAAGAGGUCCAAUGGACACUUGAAAAGGAGGAACUGGAGCAAAUGAGGAACGAAGAAGAACGGCAACGAACCCAUGAAAAGUGGCAACAGGCGGUUGCGACUUCUGUUGCAGCUUUUAAUAAGCGCAGAAAGAUUUUGGCUCAACGACAACAGCUGAUCGUGUCACUACGGCAGCAGCAAAUGCAGCAGGAUUCCGGAAAAUAG